GCUCACUUGUCGCUCCUGUAACAAAUAAAUCCGAAUUUGUCUGUAUGUUUUUAAUGUUGCAGCCCUGGGCCUGGGUAACCCAUGUAGCAAAUAAUAUAUAUGUACAUGGAUGAAAUAUUUGACAUGUGGAGUGAAGCUGACGAACAAGAGCUGGCUGGUAAUCAAAAACUUUACUUUUACCGUUACUAAGUAAACUAAGUUCGUUACUUACUUACUGACUGACUACUCUACUCUUACUACUAAACUUAAACUAAGACUCUUAGGUAAUCUACCAUUUGAGCGUCGGCCGAGAAAAAAAUCCAGCUGUUCCGGUUGGAAGGGCUAUUUAAACAACUAUUCUUAUAUUAUUUUUAAUGACAUUGGUUGUAGGUAUUCAUUCCCAUAAUAAUAGACAUUUUUUUUUAAAAUAGAAGAUAAUGUGUGAAAAUGGAAUUAUGUAUAGUCUAGAUACUUUGGUAAAAAAUGUAAACAUUUUUUAAAAAAUAAACCAAUGGCACAGUUUAAUAGAGCUAAUUUUAAACAGAAUUAUAACACCAAAAUCACAUUUUUAGCUGUUGUAGUUUUAAAGUUAUGAAUUUUUAAAGUACGACUUGGUUUGUCCUUUUUUAACAUGGACUGCAUCUCCACAUUCUGUGACCUCAUUCCGCUGAUCGCGUCAUGCGCAAUGACUAUAUAGUUUAUAUAAGGCUAAGGCAUUCCCUUAUCACUAAAAUACUGUUUAGGGUCGAUUUAUUUUAAACUUUCAACUUUGGCACAUGAAUAAUUAAUUAAAGCUUUCCCUGACCAAUGGUUUAAUAGUUUUUGCACACGGCAAACACUUAUGAAUGAAACUCUGAGAUAGUACUACGAUAUAGCCGUUAUGCAAGUGGCUGUGAAUGGUUGCCAAUGACAACGUGUUGCACACGGAAAUUUCUGAUCAUUUAUAAUAUGGACUCUACAGAGUUUUUAAAGCUCAAAUUAAAACAUUCCAGUUUAAAUGUCUUCAAAAUGCAUUCUGAAACACAAGUUAUCAAAUAUUUUGAUGUAUAUAGUGGUAAUAAUUAAAUAUUUCUUAAGUAUCGGCAACUUCCGCCAUUAAAAAGGGGGCGUGGCCCACGCCAUGUCGAAAUAAGGCGGAGCCCCCUUAUGGUGAUAUGGGUCACUGGGAGAAGCGUAGCGAACGUGGGACACGACCUACAUCAAUGAGAAUUGGCACAGAUAUAUAUCAAUAUCUGAUGCCUUACACGAUUUAAUAUGAAAGACCUGUAUUUUAUAUUUCACAAAAAAUUUUGCAUGCGAAGAUGCCUUAUAUAUACCAAAGAUUUCCAAAAUAAAGGUCGAUUGAAAAAGCAAAAUAGUUGGAUGGAAAUGUAGGCCAAGAUGUCUUCCAAAUUAUAAGGCCGGAAACGGAACUCAAAUAUAUGUCCAAAGAACUAAUUUAAUAAUAAAUAGACACACACAUCGGAAAAUUAAAAACUCGGAUUUUUCGGCGCCGACGCCCAUUUCCGAUACAAAAAAAGUAGUAGUCUCCCUUGUUUUAUCGAAGUAUCUAGUAUAGUCUCCCCCAAGUUGACGAUAAAGUUUGAAAAAAUAUAAUUUCCACGAAAAUGGUUGUGGUACAUGAAUCUCCGUAAAUAUGAAGGGGAAAGAUCACCGGCGCUUCUUGUGCCAAACUGUCUUUUCAGUUUAUGCUUUCUGAGCAUUCACGUUUUCCACAUUCUGCGUGUGGACAUCCGCGUCAUCUGGAUCAAAAAAAUUAUUGUUGUCUCUUUUUCUUCCUGGCAUAUCGGUAGCUUGGCAGUAAUCAUUAUUUAAAUGUAUUGUGCUAUACAACUUUAUAGCCUCUAUACGGAAGCAAAAAUAUUAACAGACUCAAAUGUAAGAAUAGUUGUUUAAAUAGCCCUUCCAACCGGAACAACUGGAUUUUUUCUUGGCCGAUGCUCAAGUGGUAGAUUACCGACUCUUACACUUACACUCUUACUUCUUACACUUACAAGUAGUUACUAGGAUAGGGCAGGGUGACCAAAUCAUGAACUGAACUGGAAAAAACUGGACACACCCAAGGAGGUUUUGGAGGGGGUGGGGGGAUACCCUCCAGAGUAAAGAGGGGGCCUCCGCUGAAAACUGUCACUGUCUGUUUUAACUGUUUAUUGAAAUAUUCUCAUUUCUCUUUUUAACAAUUUUGAGAUCUAGAAAUCUUUUUAAAUUUACCUUCACUUUUGUAAUUUAAUUUAAACUCUGAGGCAUAUCAUAAACGAAAACAAUAAUUUUGCAGGGAAUACUUAUUUAUUCAUACUACAUUACUACAUAUUUUACAACAUAAUACAAAUACAACACAACAAAUUAAAUUUCUCUAGUAGUAUCUUGUCUAGGAUUUAAAUUGAGGAUAUUUGGCUGUUCUCCCAGCCAUUGUACUGUUAAAAGGUAGUGUCUACACGUCUGACAUAUAUGUCCCGCACUAUUUGUCCAGCGACCAAGUCACAUUACCGCCGUAACAAAGUGAUUGAGAUAAUUGUCCGUCAGCCUUGUCACGUGACUGUGAAUGAUUCAAGACUAUUGUUAAUUUUAAAAUCUAUUUCUCUACCAAGUAUCCUGCAAACAAAUAAUAGAAAAAAAAUACUUCUGUAUAUUAUCAAAACAAAGUGGGGGUUAAGCAAUAAUGCAUUCUAAUCUAGAAGGAAGCAAUGCUGAGAGGGAGAGAGAAUUACGGUAUAAAAAAAUAAGAAUGCUUAAAAAAUAAUAGUAAGGGUGAUAAAUAAAAAAGUUUAAGGCGGGGGAGGCAGAUAGUUCACAAAGAAAUAGACCCUACAUCUUAAUAUAGGGUCGAUAUAGUGGUAGCCUAGCCUACUUCUCAUGCAAUACUAAUCCUGAAAUACAACUUUAUUGACAUAGGUCUAUUGAAGUCUACUGGUCUUAUUUUAUUUUUUUCAUAUUUUAAAUUUAGGCUUCAAGGUAGAGCUUUCAAGAUGUUUAACCAGAUAAAGGACUUUUUUCUUUGAAGAGUCGGAAUCAAAUAGACUAGUAAUAGUAGUAGUAAUAGUACCACUAGUUAGUAUGUAGGCUGACUAGUUUAAUAUUCAAAGUCAAACAAUUAAUGUAUCUCAGAGCAUUUGAAUAUAUUAACAUGUUCAGCAUUUAUUUAUUAUCUAGGGAUCGGAAUAUCAAAUGCAAUGCAACGAUUUUGCCGGCGACCACUCGUCACAUGACCUGCUGGAAUAAUAAUGCCUUCCAGUCGUCCUGCGGUCACUUGACAUGCCCGCCGGACGUAUAUCUUCUUCUUCUUCUUCUUCUAUAUCUUAAGGGCCCACGAUCAAUUUAUUGAUCAUUUUGGCUCCUAUGCAUGUAGAUGGGAUUUGCAAUGUUUCUGUUCCUGGUGUUGAUGAGGAAAUUUCACAGAUUUCCAGUGCCACUUUGUGAGGGAAUCAUGCACUGGGGGUUUGAAGGCUUGAGGCAAUAGACACAAAUGUGUCUAGUGUUGUCGCCUCAACCGUUCCUUUUGAAAGAUUGUUCUAGUCCCUGAUUGUCUUGGGCAGGAAUGAGCAGCUCCUAUACUGGCUUCUUGCUGGUAUGAGCCUGAAUUGCCUGUCAUGGCCUCGUCGCUGGAACAGUGGACCAGCCCAUUAUUUAUCUUGUACAUCAUGGAGAGCCUGGAUUGUCGUCGUCGUUUCUCCAAUUCUCCCGCACUAUUUGUCCGGCGAGCCGGACGUGUAGACACUUCGUUGUUAAAACCUCUUUCUUAUCUAAUAUAAAGUUGUACUAACUAGAACAGUCUGUUUCCCCCCGCAGCUACAAGUCUCGUGUCUUUCGCUAUACAUAUAAUAAGAUCUAUGACAGGGACACUGUCCUUUACGCCUAUAUGCCACUGCCCCUCCCCAUCUCUUAACAUGGCUAAUCAGGCAGCCACCUCUCUGCAUCAUAACACUCUAGCAUGGCAUGGCCCUGCAACUAUUUCAGACAGAAAAUUUCUGGACCAGGUGAAAUAUCAGAGUGCUUAAAAGAAACAAAACUAUACCCUAUCAAGCUUUGACAUCAUUUUAUGACUUCUCUAAAUUGGGUAAAUGUAAGUCUUCAUGAAAAAUUGAAACAUGCAACUGACUCCCCACUCCCUUACAAGGCAAGGGACACUUCAGAGACCAUGGUACCAGUCUCACUUAGGCUACAUAUUUUUAUUACUAGUAUAAUUAAUAUUUAAUAUGAUAUACCAGAAAAUAUGUUAUGUCUAGGAGGAUUGACUAGAUAUAUUAGUAACACAGUAUACGUCAAAUAGACCCUAGACCCUAUGUUGGUGGCCGCUAUGUUGGCCCCUAACAGAGCAGAUGUAGGCACAAUUAAUUUGCCCAAUAUCCAAUAUAUUUAAUGAAUUCACAUAAUAUGGCAUUGUAUUAGUAUAGGCCUAUGCCUAUAUUAUGGUAUGACUUAAUGAUGGAUAGUAGGCUAUAGUUUUCUUAUCACAGUGGUCCAGCCAAUGCGCAACAGUUUUCUUUAAUUUCGUUUAAGGAAUUCAAUUCAACUAAACAGUUCAAAUAUUCUGAAAAUGUAUUUACAUUAAUACAAUGAAUUUAAAAAUUGCCGUUUAAAAAGAGGGGUGGGGGGGGGGGGGGGCACAGUAAAAGGCUUGACGGACCGCCUGUUUCUCUAAGCUUACAAGUGCUUUUUUUUUUGUGCCAAUGCACAUGUGCAAUAAAAUAGAAAAUUUCUGUUUGCCCCCUUUCACUGACAAAACACCAUAGUCAUAUCACAACUUAAUUUUUAAAAUAUAAAAAUAUCUUAUCAAUUAUAAAUGGGGUUUCCCUCAUAUAUGAGAAACACAUACACACUAAAUUUUUCACCCAGCCAAAUGUUUUGUUUAUCAGAAUUAAUUGUUAUAUUCGCGUGUAUGUAAAUUAUUGUAAAGAUAUAAUUAUACUAUUGCCUAACCGGGUGCAGUUUUUUUUGUUUUUUUUCACACUGGGUCUGGGUAUUUUGAGAAAAUACCCAUGAAGUCAUUUUCUAUCUGCCUUUAAACAGUAGGCCUCCAGUGAGUCCUACACCCUACCUGCCAGUCCUUUAAAAAGAAUAUUCCUUCAGACUGCCCUACACAGUAGUCGCCUCCCCCUAAAGAAUUUUUUUUUACCCGAGUUCACACGUCACGCAUGACAGCCCUUUUUUUUUCACUUAGUUCUAUUAAUAUAAAUUGUGGAGUUCUGGAGGAGCCGCUUUUGAAGAGGAAGCAGGACAUACCAGAAGCAAAAUAUAUGUCUGGUAUGAAAUUUUUACCAGAGCUCAGAGGCUAUUCACUUGAUUUCUUCACCUUUCUGUAAUAAAGUAGCAGCCAUAUUUAAAAUUGAAAACACCAGAACAGGGCCACGCAAUGAGGUGAUGCAGUCCAUACAACAAAAACAGGUAACAAGGACAAAUGAACUCACAUCUGAAAAAAUUCAUAAUACUACUACUAAAGCUAGCUGUUGGUGGUAUGCUGUUUACAACUGUAUAGCUUUUUCAUUUUUAUUCCGAAGCUGCUUAGAUUUUCCUUUACCAAUCAUGUUAUAUUUAGUGUGCUGCUCCCACUACCCAACACUGGCCUAACGAUUAUUGCCAAUUUUAUCACUUUCACUAUCCAUCAGUCUCAUUUUCCUGAAACAUUUGAUCCAGAUAUGGCUUCUUAAGCAACAUGUCUAUUGAAAAUGUAUGAAUUUUACUGCAAAUCUUCAUACUCAGAUUCAAGUAAACAAAGUGAUAUUAAACUUUUAGUUACAGGACCUACUCAGGAAAGCACGUAAGCAGCAUGUUUGCAUCAUUAUUUCUUUUAAAUUUGGAUUUAAUGUGAUCCAUGUGAUUUAAUAAUUUUCAGAUUGUUCAAAAUAUGAUGACCUUAAAACAUUGGAGCAAAGUUCUAUAUUCUCCAUGGAUUGUGAUAAAAUAUUGGAAACACAGGGAACACCAAGACAUCGUUAUAGACCUAAAUAUCUCACAGUCUCUGAUUUGGCCAAGCAGCAUUGGUAAAUUUUUUGUCAUUGCCCAAUUAUAAAAUAAUAGUUGACAGUAUUAUCUUUUGAUUGACAGAUAAUUUACAAUCAGACAUUUGCAGAUCAGCUUCAAGCAUUUUUUUUUGUGUGCAGAUUCUUCUUCUUAUCUGCCUUUAAAUUUAAAUAUAUAUAUAUAAAUAUAUAAAAAGGCUUUUUUUUUUUACCUGCAGAUUCUUUUGAUUAAAUCUUAGUUGUUUUUUUUAAUGGUAUUUUAACUAAUUUAUUCUGCAACAGAGAUUUGGAGUUUCCUAGACUUGCCAGACAUUGCGGUCUUUUUUAUCCAUAGGUCAAUAUUUGUUUCCUUCUGUGAUAUAAUCAUUCUGAUAUGAUGUAACCUACUCUUUUGAUGUUUUUUGUUUGAUUUUUUUCCUUGUCAUCUGGUAUGUCUUAAACCCCAUGAGCAUGAUAAAUAGCAUAAGUUCAUGCUACUGUUGACUACAGGCUUAGAUUCUAUGCAAGGAUGAAGUGACAAUUUAUUCUUUUUAAGUAUCUAUUUAAUUACUUGUGCAUCAUGAGAUGACUUAAUAUCUAGAAUAAGCUAGAUUUGGUUUGGGGGGGGGUGGGGGAUUUUUACACAAAUUUAAGAGGUUUGUGAUAUUUUUUUUUUUUUUUAUUUUUUUUUAAUUUUUUUUUGAUUGGAGUAUUAUUUUUUAAUAAAAAUGAGGGUGUUUUGGGGGGGGGGGGGGGGGGGAUUUUUACACAAAUAUAAGAGGUUUGUGAUAUAAGAUAAGAUUCUUUUAUUGAUCCAAACAAACGGAAAUGUUUUCUGAUUGCAUUGUACAUUUUCAGCACAUAAAUAAAACAAUUUGAAGACAAGACAUUUAUAAUAAAGUAUUUUAUUUCGCUAGUUUAAAAAAAAAAACAGCCAUUCAUUGAGUUCUCUUAGCCACAUCAGGGACUUAUUAGUUAUCCUAAGAUUUGUGACAUUAGGGGGAGCUGGUAAAUUCGUACAAAUUGGGGAACUAAAGAAUUUUCAUAUCUUUCAGUCCUCGCCCUGACGGAAAGAAUUCAUCCUGAACAGGCCGAUCCUUAGUAUCUGUGAUGAAGAGGGUGGGAUGUAUCAUCCAAAAUGUGUUUAGUUUUACAAUAAAAUCUUUCUUCGAAUAGCUCUUCAAGUGAAGGAUGUUUAGUUUGUGUUAUGUUCCUACCUUUCUUGAUUGGUCGGUUUAUGCGGUGUUUAAUAUCAGACGUUGAAUUCCCACAAUAGCAGGUAAUACUGAAAUUAACUUGGCUUAAAUAUGUUUGCUUUGUCGUGGCUGUAACUGGGAAAAUAUAACUACAUGGGAUUCUAUAGAGUGGCAUAGCAGGUAUGGAUCAUGGCAAUAUGAAGUAAUAAGGCUAUCAUAUUUGUCACAAUCACAAUGUCUUGUAAAUCAAAACAGAGGCGUAGUGGUUCAAAUGAUUAAUAAUAGUGACUAAUACUUUAUUACACACGAUCACAAAAUAAUAGUUAAAUACUUGAAAUAUGAGUAAAUACUCAUGCCGAACAUUUGGAAUGUAUCAUAAUGUAUUUCAAAACCAGCUUCUCAGUAAACUUCUUUACUUGAUAAAGUGUUAACACACUAUGAUCAAAUCUUCUUAUAUAAAGAUUGUGAAUCAACUGUCGUCAUUUCUUGUUUCCUUCUUGCUCUUUCCCUGAUUGGCCAGUUUUUCCUAAGUCCCAAUACUUUGUAUAUUACAUAAGUAAUAAAUCCCAUAUUACUUAUCUCCCUUAUAUUCAUAUCUGUGACAAAAUUGGUUGUCAUUUUAGCUAAAAUAAGACAUGAAAUUAUCCAUUUAAUCCAAACUAAUAAUUUCCAUUAACGCUGCACCUAAUCCAAACGGGCUAUAUUUUUGUGUGCAAAAUUUCAAUAAGUUCUUGUAUCUUUAUUUCUUUAUAAGAUGAAAAAGAUUGAAAACAGCUGAUACAUAUUAUCUUUAAUUGACUGACAAUCUCAUUCACUCAUUAUUCUGCAGGUGUGAACAGCAGCUGCUAUAUGACCUCUCACCAGAGGUUUAUCUGAUUCGAGCUUUACCAGAGAUGAAAGUUAACUUGAAAGAGACACCUGAACAAUCAGAAACUAAAGAAAAGGGCUCAGACAUCCACCUAGCUCGAGGUAUGAAGAUUCUUUGCUAUAGAAAUUCAUUUCUACACAUCACCUCUAUGAUUGGCGCCUGAGUGAAGUGGGCCGGCUUCUCUUUCCUCCGUAAACAUUUGAUCUCACUUCAUAUAAAAGCAUUUAGAAAGUGAACCAGUUUUUACACCUACUUGUAACAUUAUAUGUGAAAAGUGUUGUUUUUUUUAAACCAUUAAAACAUUAAAAAUCUAUUUGCAUCUGUAGAAAUGGAGAUUCAAGUUCCUGUGCCUGUCAAAGUUGAAUCAAAAGAAGAUGAAUGGGCAGUAAAACUCUUAAACCUGCAGUUUGCUGUGAUGGCUUUUCAUAAAGGAUGUAAAUUAGCCAGGGAAAUUCCUGUGUUUGGAAUGCCUUUUGGAGGCGAUAUUUUCAUCUUUGGCAUUAUUGAUGAGUUGCAGUUUGAUCUCCAGCAGUACACCAUUGCAAUAUCUGAACUGAAAACAAGAAAAUCAUGCCAUCCACCUAAAAAAGGACAGCAAGAGAAGGAUGAGUUUCAGGUUAGCAAAUAUUGAAUUGCAAAAGAAAAUUUCUUCAUGUAUUUUUUUGAAUAGCUUUUAUUUAUAAGGGCAGAGGUGCAUACAAAUCAUUAUUUUUUUCUUACUUUCUAUGGUGUAAUGUAAUAUUUUAAAACUGUAGUUAUUGCCUAGGCUUAAACUGGUGAACUCUCCAAGACAAUUUUUGAGACAGAGGGAAUACUUUUGGACGUGUCAGGGGCAAAGUGGUUGAACACUUCUAACUUUUCCACAUUGAUUAAUGCUGGAGUUUUCAUAACAAUUAUUGCAUGGGUCACUCAGCAGACAGAUCUUCUCAUUAGCAAAUAAUCAUGAAAUAUCUUCCUUUAUAUGAUAUAAAGUCUUGCCUGUGUUUGUAACUUUAUAAAUUUCAGAUAUGCCACUAAUUAAGUAUUUAAACUUAUAAAGUUGAGCAUUAAUUAAAGUUUUAGAUUACUAAUACAUAUUUAUGAUUUUAAAAGGCAAUAAUAUUAAACAUAUUUUAAGGGGUUGAUCUUUUUUUUUUUUCCUUUCUCACUUUGUUUCAUCUAAUAUUAUUUUCCCCAUUAGGUAGGGCUGUAUGCUCAGCUUUUUAAUGAGCUUGUUCAGGGUAAAAUGAACAAAGACUUAAUGGCAAUUCAUCUGCAACUAAAUAUGGAAACCCAACUAAGCCAAGGACUAAAAAGUCAUAUAAACGGUUUAGGAACUAAUUUCAGAUCUGCCAACUGCUCACUUGGAAGUGUGGUAGAUACAGUACUGAAUCAGGUUUGUCACCAAUAUUAAUUUUUAUUAUAUACUAGUUAUUUACAUGUUCUGAUAUAUUUUUCUAUUAACCGGCGUUCUACCACCAGAAAUUAUUUUAUAAUUGAAUUUUAAACAUUUUAAAUUGCAUUCAUACCCAAGUUCCAAUUAAAAAUAAAUUUAUAUAUCAAUUAAAAUAUAUUUAUAUAUCGGCAUAUACAAUUUGUACUAUUAUUUAAGCUAACUAUUUUUGUUUCAGGUGCAGUCCAUGAUUUGUAUAAAAGAAGUUAAAAUUGAGUAUAUUCAUCAGGACACAAAGGCUGUAAUCUCCACUGUAGACACAGCACUGGACACAAAUUAUAUCCAAAAAGUGUUCACUGAGCAACAACAGUGGUGGAAUGGCCAGAGAGGUACUAGAGGAGUAGAAGUUGAAGAUUGUUGGAAGUGUCAUUUUUGUAAGUUCUCUGAACUUUGUGAAUGGAGGGAAAUAAUGGCAGCAAAACAAGGUCGUUGA